GCGCCGAGUGCACGUCUUUGCUCCGCUUGUACGACGAACCACCCCGAACUCGCAAUCGAACGAAACAUGCGGACGAAUUAUGUAAUUUAAAUUAAUAGUGUUUUGAAUUAAUUUGUGCAGUGUCAAGUGACUUUUGACAAUGGCGUUGUUUUUGAGUGUGUUUUUGUGCGCCUGCGCCGGUUCCCUGGCAUUUAAUGUGGACAUCCCUUCGAGAGUAGUUUACAAGGGUAACCCGCAGUCCAUGUUUGGAUUCACUGUGCAGUCACACAUCGAUAGCGAUCGAAAAAUGAUCCUGGUGGGUGCUCCGGAAGAUGAGCCGUACCCCAUCAACGGGGUCACCCGUCCCGGCGCGGUAUACCGCUGUCAGCCGGGGUACAGAGGCUACCCAGCUGAAGACAGACUGCUGGAACUCUGUGACGUCAUGCAGUUUGACAAGACACGGGGCAACAACGUGGACAGUUCUCGUCGCCAGAUCGACCAGAAGUCCAACCAGUGGUUCGGCGCCACCCUCACCAGCACCGGCAGGAAUGGACCUAUUGUGGCCUGCGCACCCCGCUACGUGUCUUAUGUGACGGCCAAGCUGAACCAGCGUGAUCCAGUGGGCUCCUGCUUCGUAGCCAAGACCCCUGAUGCCAACGACGUCAAUGAGUUCUCUCCCUGCCGCACCUGGUACCGAUCUUUGGACGAAGCGAGUCACGGGCAGCGGAAGACUGGCGUGUGUCAGGCGGGAUUCUCAGCUGCUAUAGCCAAGGAUGGCCAGAGGUUGUUCAUGGGCGCGCCGGGUAGCUUCUACUGGCAAGGGCAAACGUUUUCGAUAAACCCUAGCGAACGAUUCCUCUUCUUUAUGCCGAAAAUAAAGGACGAUGAAGGUCAGCUGUACGAAUAUACUCAAGGCUCUAAGCCGAAGAUCCUGUCGACUCCUGAAGCCAAUUCACAUUACGAUGACUCAUACAUGGGAUACUCUAUUACUGUCGGUGAUUUCGCCGGCAAUGGCAUCCAGGGCGUUGCUGUUGGAGUACCUAGAGGCGCUGAACUGAGGGGAUUGGUGGUUCUCUACACCUGGGAGCUUCAGAACAUUAAGAACAUCAGUGGCUCCCAGAUUGGAGCAUACUUCGGCUACUGCUUGGCAUCUGGUGACAUUGAUGGUGAUGGCACUGACGAUCUCAUUGUCGGCGCCCCUAUGUUCACCAGGCCCAAGAGUGAUGGUUACGAACAUGGCAGGAUCUAUGUCAUCUAUCAGGGCAAGGAUAAGAAUGCGCUAUUUACCAAGAAUCAUGCUAGAACCGGUGAAGUAUCUCGGGGGAGGUUCGGAUUGGCUAUUACUUCGCUGGGCGAUAUCAACUACGACGGUUUCGGAGACAUAGCGGUAGGCGCCCCCUACGGUGGCGAGCACGGUCGUGGAGUAGUCUUCAUCUACCAUGGCAGCGAGCAGGGCAUACGGGAGAAGUAUUCUCAAGCCAUCACUGCUGAGGAGAUCUCUCCUAGCCUCUCAACCUUCGGCUUCUCUCUCUCUGGUGGAGUAGACCUUGACAACAAUAACUACACCGAUCUUGCUGUUGGCGCCUACAAGUCUGACUCAGUAGUGUUCCUGAAAGCUCGACCAGUAGUAAAAGUGAUGGCGGAAGUUCGCUUCAUGGGCGAGUCGAAGUUGAUCUCGAUGACAGAUAAGCGUUGUCCGCUGUCGAACGGUACUCGAGUUGCGUGCGCGCAGGUCAUGUUCUGUCUCACCUACAACGGCGUCAACGUCGACCAGCAGAUCAACUUUAUUGUAACUCUGGACCUGGACUCGAGGCAAAAGACCACGAAGAGACUGUUCCUUCUGGAGAGCCGCGAGACCAACUAUACGACUCAUAUUCUGCUCACGCAGGGUAGACAGGAAUGCAGAGAUAUCACGGUUUAUUUGGAUGAGGAGAUCCGCGACAAACUAACCCCAAUUGAAGUGAAGAUGACGUACGACCUAAUCAACCAGCCGUCCGGUGGCCACAUCGUGCCUCCAGUCCUGGACCAGACGCAAAGCAUCGAGCACACUGACUCCCUCAACAUCCAGAAAAACUGUGGCCCUGACAACGUCUGCAUCCCCGAUUUGAGGAUGGCUGUUACUACGCCCACAAUCAACUACGUACUUGGCUCCGGCGAGAACGUCCAUCUUGACGUUAAAGUGGAAAACGCUGGAGAAGAUGCCUUCGAAGCUGCUUACUACCUCCAGAUCCCCUCAGGAGUGGUCUACGCCAAGAUGGAGCGUCUGGACAAGGAUACUGCUGACACCACGCCGAUAUACUGCUCGAUAAGGAACAAGGCUGGAAAUCAUACUCUGAAAUGUGAUCUUGGCAACCCGAUGGAGAGAGGGCAGAAGGUACACUUCCGCGUCAUCCUGGAGGUGGACGCCCGCGUCAAGGCUCUGACCUUCGACAUGGAGAGCAACUCUACCAACCCUGAACGUGGCACGCAGUACGACAACACCAUGCAUAUGACUAUUGGAGUCGUUAUCAAGGCUGAACUGUCCGUUAUUGGCACGUCAGAUCCACCUGAGCUACACUACAACGCGUCACUAUACGAGGGCGCCAACAUCCGGGAUGACACUAAACUGGGACCUCAAGUGACCCACAAGUACAACAUCAAGAACGAAGGUCCUUACGAUGUGGAGGAAGCGGAGAUUUACAUCAUGUGGCCGUAUCAGACCCUUACUGGAGAAAACCUAAUGUACAUGCUGGUAGAGCCACAGUGGGCUGGUAACGUCAAGUGCGACAUCGCCAGGAACAUCAACCCUGAGAACCUGGUAGUCCAGAUCCCCUAUGCCAACCUGCUUACCAAGGAGAUUGAAGCCAUGAAGAGUAGUGAAAUGUACAGUGGGGCCCAGAUCUCCGGAGGUGGUGGCGGAUACAGCAGAGAACAAUUCGCCCAAAGCUCCAACCAAUAUCACACCAGUCAAUCAUCAGGCGGACGAUACAACACCGCACAGACAGGUGGAAGCUCCGGAGGAUAUUACCAAGGUGGAAGACAGCAGGGUGGGGCGUACCAGGGUGGAGCAUAUCAAGGUGGGGCUUACCAGGGUGGAAGAUACCAAGGCAGUCAGACUGGCCAUUACGGAGGCGGAAGCUAUGGCGGUGGACAAUACGGAGGCUCUUCUUCCCACUCUUACAACAAAACCUGGAGCGCCUGGGGCGACCUAACAGCCAGCGAACAAGAUAUCAUCCGACAAAACAUGGCCGCUGUCGGCCAAACGCACUCCACUCAAGGCUACACCCAAGGAAGCUAUGAGGAAAGCAGAAAUUACUGGGAACAUCUCACGGAAGAAGAGAGAGAAAUCAUUCGUAGAAACUUGGCUACUGCUGUUCAUAGAGAAACGAGUGAAGACUUCACCGCUGAAGAGCAGGAGAAUAUAAGAAAAGUGCUGAUAGCUUCUCUCCAAAGAAACCAAGGUCAAGGUGUUUAUCAAGGUGGCUAUGGAAAUGGUGGUCAAAUAGUGCGCGUGAAGAAUAAGACGAUAAUUUAUGAUGAAAAUCAUAAUAUCAUCUCCCAAACUGAAAGCAGCACGGAAUAUGGUGAUGUUUUGGGUCAUGAAGGGGAAGCUGGUAGUUCCUUCAACAAGUACGCUCAAGGCCGAUACAACCAGGGAAGCUACCAGCAGGGUGGCUACAGCCAAGGCAGUCAUCAAGGCAGUUAUCAGUACAACCAAGGAUCAGCCAAUCAGAACCGAGGAUCACAAUCCCAAGGUCAAUUCGUGCACGGUUCUUGGGGAACCACUGAGACGGUCAAUUCCGAUGUCAUGAAUGCCGGUUCAACGACCUUCAGAAAUGUCCCGGGCAGUAGUAUAACGGUUGUCGGUGAUGAAGAUGAUGAGCUAGGUGGGAUUGGAGCUUACGCUGCUCAAGGGUCGAACAAUGAGUUUAAAUACGGCAUGGCUGAUGUGACCAACGCCCAAGGAGGAAGCAGCAGUGGGGGACGGUAUCAAGGAGGAAGUUACUCAGGAGGAAGGAGUUACUCAGGAGAAGGAAGUUACUCGGGAGGAAGUGGAGGAGCUUAUAGUUCUGGCGGGUCAGGCCAUCAGAGUUGGUCUGUGAGUGGGGGCUCCAGGAGUGGCGGUGGAUACUCGCAUUCGUCGUCAUCGUCGUCUUCUUCGCAUUCAGGUGGCCAUGUAUCAUAUGGAUCCUAUGCUGAUGGUGGAUAUGGUACACGAAGCGAGAACACUAGAAGACGUCGUCAAAUACAGGUGGACCCUCAGUUGAAGGAGAUUCUGGAGAGGUGUGAAGAGAAGUACAAGUGCGAGGUGUUCAGGUGCAGCGCGGGCCCGCUGCAGAAGGGACAGGAGGUGUGGGUCGCGCUGCGCUCGCGCUUCAACGCUACUGUGCUUAACGCGAUCUCCAAAGAUCGCGCGGUGAAGUUAUCAACUUUAGCUGCGGCCAGAGUAUCCCGGUUGCCUCUGGUGGGCAAGCCGAGCGAUCCGACGUGGCACACGGCGGAGGCUCAAACUCUGGUCACUCCUCAACUAGAAGCCUUGGAGAGUGGUUCCAUACCGCUGUGGGUAGUGGUGCUAGCUGCUGUCGUUGGUGCUCUUCUGCUGCUGCUGCUUAUCUUCGCUUUGUACAAGUGCGGCUUCUUCAAGCGCAACCGCCCAUCCGACCACGCUGAGCGCCAACCCUUGAAUGGUCGCGACGAACAUCUUUGAUAUCCAACCACCGAUCUCGGCGUGGCAACUGAUACCGGCAUAACGACCGACACAGGCGUCACGACCGCGACUUCCGACUCGAGCUCCUCGACCGACGCUGCCAGCGACGUCACGAGUCGAGAUUCAACUAGUCUCGACCGGUAUUGACAAAGGCAUAUCGUUUUUAGGUUUUAGGAACGCACCAAAAUUUAGAUGUGCGGUUAGGUACUUGUUUACAUCGCUAAUGUUAUCUUAUCACGGUAAAAUAGCUCUGCUAUUAUACUAGAUCAAAGCAAAAAUUGGUUUAAGUGGUUCAGAAACAUAAACAAGUUCCUAACCUAAAGUAGAAUUCGCGCCAAAAUUUUGAAUAUCAACAGAUUUUGUUAGAAACGCAACUUUUAUUAGUCUAUGGUUACAGAACUAUGACAUACAAUAAAAUUGUGCAUUUCAUAUUGAAUUUCAUUCUUAUGCAAAAUAAAGUAAAGUUGUGUAAUUAGUAAAUAUGCACGAUAUUAUAGUCAAACGCGAAUAGUUCGAUAUUUUUUGGUGCAAAUUGCUUAUAUAGUUUUGUACGCAGCUACCGAUUCACUUAGUUAUUUUUGGCGGUAAUUAACUUUAAGUAAAUAAAAUCGUGCUGUAUCCUAUGCCUAAGCGGCCUUUACUUUUUAAUUUUCUGACAUCUAGUGAUAUCACUGGUGGUUUACUAAUAAGGUCGCUAUAUGGUGAACCUUUAGGGUCAAAAAUAUGCUGCCAUAACAUUAAGGUAUUGAAUCUUACCGUAUUUUAUAAAGAUACAAAGGACUAUUUAAAAAAAACUAUCAAAACAAACGAAAUUAUGGUUACUAUAUUAAAAAUAAAAAUCGGAAAUAUUACAUAAUUCGUGCCUUAUGAUAUUUUUAUAAAAAUGCCUUGAAUAUUUUUUUACGUCAAAAAUAUUACAAGGUGUUUUAACACCUUUUGGGAUAAUUUAAUGUUAUAAAUAUUGUUGUAAUAUAAUUUACUAGUCACAAUAUUAAAAUAUUCAUGUUGGUACGCCAUAUUUAGAAAAUAGAAAAAUAAAAAAAAAUUAGGUCGUGUAAAAAUAUCGAUGUGUGAUACUGUAAAAAGUGUGUUAUGAAUGAGUUGUAGAGAAAUGUGAUCUAAGUUAAUAAUAAUUAGGUUUAAAACUAAAUAGAAUAACUAAGUAUUUCAGGCCGCUAUGUUAUUCUUCUGAUAUUUUUUAAAGGUAGCCUUAAUGUUUAGAGAAAAAUAUCGAGAGUAACAAUAUAAAAAAAAAAUAUCGGAAGAUUAAAUUGAAGUGCGGUAUUUUUUCGGUACAUAUUGUACCUAUGAGAACUUUUUCAAACUAAUAUUGUAAUAACUAAUAGAAAUCAUAAAUUAUAUUUUUUUGGGAGGCAUUGUGUUGCUUAAUGUACAUUUUUAAUAUAAGUAUUUAGGAAAAAAGUGCUUAGAAAACAAUAACUAACGCUGUCAUUUAAACGU